UCACAUUCCCGCCAUCAUCGGCUGCUCGUGGUACGCGAGCGCAGAUAACAUCAUAGCCGGCAAAACUCACACACUGGCAGUGCGUCAUCCUGAGCGGAUACUUUCAGCCUCCAGCGCUUUCUUCGAGGAAUUACCCUCCCGCAGAUUACUGGCCGCAUCUGUUCGCCUUCAGUUGUGCCCCGAGCCGGAGUUUUGAGCGCCUCUCGCACUCAUGGCCGUCGCAGUGACCAAGCUGACCAGCGGUGGUGCUGUCCGCAUCCGCAUCAGAUGUGGGGAGCUGGGGACCACCAAAUGGAAAGAGGGGGUCUUUGAAAUCCAUGAGAGAGACAACAAAAUAAACCUGCUAGUUAAGUUCAACAGUGGCGGAACUCCGAGAAUGUUUCAGUUUAGCCGGAUAACGUCCACACCUGGCCGCAAUGGGCUGUCUGAGAACAGGAGUGAGAAGAGGAAGAGGCUGAUGAACUCUGAUGGUGAUAUGACCGAGGACUACCCCAAAGAGAAUGACUCUUCUAGAUUGUCCAUUAGAUUCUCUAAUCUUGGGAACACCUGUUACAUGAACGCCAUACUCCAGUCACUUUUCAGCCUGCCCUCAUUUUCAAAUGACCUGUUAAAGCAGGGCAUACCAUGGAAGAGGGUCCCCGUCAAUGCCCUUCUGAGGCGUUUUGCUCAUCUGCUGGCUAAGAAAGACAUCUCCCCUCCAGAAAUGAAGAAAGAUCUUUUGCGGCGAGUAAAGAACGCUAUUUCCUCAACAGCUGAGCGUUUCUCUGGUUACAUGCAGAAUGAUGCCCAUGAGUUCCUGAGUCAGUGUCUAGACCAGCUGAAGGAGGAUGUGGAGAAGAUCAACAAAAGCUGGAAGAACGAGCCCUCGGCCUGGGAGGAGCCUCAGAGCGCACGGUUAACAGAGGAGGUGGACACCUCACGCAUUUACACCUGCCCGGUUACAGUCAACAUGGAGUUUGAAGUGCAGCACACCAUAACAUGUAAAAGCUGUGGAGAGGUGGUGACGAAGCGUGAGCAGUUCAAUGACCUGUCCAUCGACCUGCCGCGCAGGAAAAAAACUCUCCCUCUGAGAUCCAUACAGGAUUCUUUAGACCUCUUUUUCAGGAUGGAGGAGAUUGAGUAUUCCUGUGAAAAAUGCAGUGGAAAAGCAGCGACUGUCUCUCACAAAUUUAGCAGGCUUCCCAGGGUGCUGAUUCUUCACCUCAAACGCUACAGCUACAAUAGUCAGCUGUCUUUAAACAGCAAGCUGGGCCAACAAGUCCUGAUCCCCAAAUAUCUCACGCUGCUCUCACACUGCACUGACGCCACACGCCCCCCUCUCAGCCUCGGCUGGAACGCACAGACGGCCAUCUCCAGGACGCUGAAGAUGUCACAGUCAGUCAACUCUUCAACACUACGGAAAGGUUCUCAAAAGCCAGAGAGCUCAGGCAGUAUGCUGUGUGAUUCUGAUAGUGAGGAGGAGCUCGUCAGAAAAGUUGGUCGCAAACAUCAUUCAGAAGAUGACAGGACGGAAGAAGUGCAGCACAAUGCACAGGUCGAGCACUCCGAGUUUAACACCAUCAAUGAUGAUGAGAUGCUAGCAGCUGUGCUGGAGAUGAGUCGCCACGACACUAGCCCUGAUGACGAGCCAACCAGCAGCCCAGACACAGGGUUUGGAGAUGCUGACGGGCAGGACCUGACUCAUCAUUUGGACCUUCUGGAUGGAGAGAAACAGCCUGCAGAUGCUCUGGAGUCUCUAGAUCUGACCAUGGAUGAGAAUAAGGAGAACCAGACGCCUGAAGGUGUGCAGGGAGAGCUGGACUGGGUGCAGCAGUACAGUUUAGACCAGGAGCGAGAGGAACAGGAGCUGCAGCAGGCCCUCGCACAGAGCCUACAGGAACAUGAGGCGAGAGAGAUGAGGGAAGAUGAUGAUCUGAAGAGAGCCACUGAGCUCAGUCUGCAAGAGUUUAAUAACUCUUUGCCGGAGCUGCUGUGCUCUGAUGACGACUCUGGAAAUGAAGAUGGUCUGGAUAUGGAGUACAGUGAGGCUGAAGCUGAAGAGCUCAAGAAGAAUGCUGAGACUGGAGAGCUUCCGAACUCUUUCAGACUCAUCAGUGUGGUCAGUCACAUCGGCAGCAGCUCAUCAUCAGGGCAUUACAUUAGUGAUGUGUAUGACAUGAAGAAACAGUCCUGGCUCACAUACAAUGAUCUGGACGUCUCCCGCACACAGGAGUGCACUGUUCAGAGAGAUCGUGACAGGAGUGGAUACAUCUUUUUUUACAUGCACAAAGAUGUGUUUGAGGAGCUGUCUGAGCUGGAGAAGGCAGGAGGGAACAGUGAAGCCGGUCGCACAGUGCUGCAGCCGCUAUAAACACUCUGGCACGCUUCUAACAUCCCAUCCGGUGGAUCCUUCUGCUGACGAACAGCUGAACUGAGCCAGGGGUAAACGCGACUCCCUUCAUCAGUACUACUGAAGACCAAUCCACACACACAUGCACCUACUUUGGGCACUUUUCCUUUUCUAUUUCUCUUUCACGUUUCCCAUUGCUCCCUGUGAAAUACUGUUGCCAUAUUAAAUGCAGACUUGCAGUUCGAUGGGUAAAUGUUCUAGAAACUCAUAGAUACUAAAUGUUUAUGGGGAAAAGCAAAGAAAAUAAAUAAAUGUAUAAAUAUAGAAAGCAUUU